AUGGAGGUCCAUACACAUGGUUGGCCUGAGCACUUGUCCGAGGAUGCCGUGAAAAAGAGGCUGCAGCCUUUCAUGGACUGCCUGGGCAUCGAGGAGCACGCCUUCAGCUGUGACAAGCCUCGCAGGCAAAAAUGGGCCAACUUGACUUUUCUCGACAUCAACGAUGCCCACGCAUUCCUGCAGAAACAUGGCCAACAGUGUCUCCCACCCAUGGGCCAGUCAGACAGCCAUCUCGCCGUCAAUGCCUUCAGCGGCAACCAGAGGCACCCCAGGGGUAUGCGCCGCAAAGCCAGACUGCAACUAAUGGGUCAUGACAUCUUUUGCUCCAAGAGCAACCGCCAGUCUGUCCCCAACGAUGUUCCUGGGAGACCAAACAACAUCACCCUACGAGGUCUGAAGCACGCCGCUGCAGAGAAAGCUAGACCGACUCGCAGGAUUGAAAUAGAGAAAGGCCCCGAAGUCUUCCAAGUGACUUCGCUCAGCUGUGGACAUACGAUCUUUGUUGGUGAUGAGCUCGUUUAUCUACCCGAGGUCGAGUUUCAGGACGUGGGCGUUGCGAAGUUCACUCGCCAGACUCUUCUUAUCAAACUUGAAAGCCACCACGUCAUCAAGAUACCCCUUGAGACUGUCCGAGAUCUCGUUUGCAGUUUCCAGCAUAUCUUGACGCUUACCCUUGCCGAAGCGCCGUCUUUUUUCGAGGACCUCGGGGAGUUGGACAGUCUCCUGCGACAACUCACUAUUUCAAGAGGUGGCCAGAUCGGGGGCCCUGGGCCCACACGAACCCGGCUGUGCGCCCUCAAUGAUCAGCAUGUCAAAGUUGUCGGCCAAUGUCUGGUGUACCAGCUACGGGUUACUGGUACUGACCUUCAACGCAAGCUCGGGUCACUCAAGCACCACGACGUAGUACCCGCUGUGUCCUAUGACUUAAUCACGCAAAGGACGGCGCCUCUGCAUCUCGGAACUUCUUCACUAGCCAUGAGCAAGCUAUUGAGAGAACUCGCUAUGUAUGCUUACUCGGACCAACUGCCUUUCGGCAUCUUGUUUCAGCUACAGGCUUUGGCUUGCAAUGCCUACUACCAUCCGGGAACGGUCUUAGCACUGGCAAAGCAGCUCUGCAAGGUCUUCAUCGUAGACAGGGUAGCCGGCAAACGACCAAUCUCCGUUACUGCUAUGAAGAAGCUGAUGAAGGAUACUCCAUGGCCUAAGCCUCACGACGAUCCGUCCUUGUUCGAGGUUCAAGCCAUAGUGGAAUAUCUCCGUGAAGUCGAGGACAAAAUAGUCAGCAACGAAUUGUUUAGACAAGGACUCUUGGCUCCAACCCGAAACCUGGCGCUGAUCCACCGAGUCACUGUUACGCCGACUCGAACUACACUACACGGUCCUGAGCCGGAGGCAAAGAACAGAAUCCUUCGCAAGUUUCCAAAUCACCACGAGUACUUCUUGCGGGUACAGUUCUGCGACGAAAACGGCGAGGACCUCUAUUUCAACCCAAGUGUCAGCAAUGACAAGGUGUAUGAGAGAUUCAGGGAGGUGUUUCGAAACGGCAUCCACAUCGCUGGCCGGGCGUACAACUUUCUCGGAUUCUCGCACUCUUCUCUGCGCUCUCACUCAGCAUGGUUCUCAGCUCCUUUCGUCGACAAUGGAAGGCCUCAAGCCUAUUUCGACAUUAUUGGCGAUCUGGGACAUUUUCGGAAUAUUCGUUCGCCUGCACGGUGUGCUGCUCGUAUCGGCCAGGCUUUCUCUGAAACACCAUACUAUGUGUCACUGGAUGACUUCAACGUUACUGUACGUCUGGUGCCAGAUGUAGAGCGCAAUUGCCGAGUAUUCAGCGAUGGCGUCGGUACGAUUUCAUGGCAAGUGGUUUACAACAUCUGGGACGUAAUCCCUCAGAAGAAGUCCGCCCCGACAGCCUUUCAAGUUCGAUUCAAAGGCUCCAAAGGCAUGCUUGCUCUGGACACCUGCUUGACAGGAUCUGAGGUACGUAUCAGACCGUCCAUGAAGAAGUUUGAGAGCGACGAUAAGCCUCAUCUCGAAAUAUGCGACAUGGCCUCCAAACCGAUUCCGUUGAUGCUCAAUCGCCAAAUGAUCAAGAUUCUAGAGGACAUGGGAUGCAGCAGUGCUUGGUUCUUCAGCAUGCAGAAUAUGGAGCUAGCGAGACUUCGGGCUGUGACCGCAGACGCGUACAACGUGGCCAAAUUCUUGAAAUACCAAAACGUCGGUGAAACCAUCAGGCUUCAUCGUAUGCUCUCACUGUGCGAGAACAUGGGCGUUGAUUACCGCAAGGACAAGUUCCUUCGAUCAGUCGUCGAGGCCAUGGUGCUCCGUGAGCUGCGUCUGCUCAAACACAAGGCAAGAAUUCCUAUCCGCAAGGGGAUUACCCUGUUCGGGAUCAUGGACGAGACCGGGUUCCUCAAGGAGAACGAGGUCUAUGUUACCUACGAUACCAUGGGUGAUCGCUUUGAUGAACCACCUGGACCCGGUGCUAUGAUUGUCACCAGAUCUCCGGCCCUGCAUCCUGGUGAUAUCCAGGUACCGCGAAACGUGAUCCCGCCUCGAGGGAGCCCACUCCGGGAGCUGUCAAAUGUCAUUAUCUUCAGCCGCCACGGCCAGCGAGAUCUUCCGUCUCAGCUAUCAGGUGGCGACCUGGACGGUGACAUUUUCAACGUCAUCUGGGAUAAAGGAGUCAUGCCUCAGCGCACUUUUCCUCCUGCAGACUACCCACGCGUGGCAGCAGUAGACCUGGGUCGUGAGGUCACCGUGGAGGAUAUGACAAACUUUUUCAUUGACUUUAUGAAGUUGGACCACCUUGGUGUCAUUGCGACAAGACAUAUGAUUCUAGCCGAUCAAAUGGAAAAAGGCACACUUCACCCGGACUGCCUGAAGCUGGCUGAGCUGCAUUCUACGGCUGUGGACUUUUCCAAGACUGGCGUUGAUGUGAACCUGGGAGAAUUACCACGGGCAAACAAAUUCAGGCCUGAUUUCUUGGCUCCAGGUCCCGAAGCCCGCGUUCUGGAUAAAUCUACCAUUGAGCUCGAUGAAUACAUUAUCGAGCCAGCCGCUGAUGACGAAGAGGACCAGUACAACCGCCAGCGACACGUCUACUACAAGUCUGAGAAGCUUCUUGGCUAUCUUUUUCGUGCCAUAGACGAGCAAGAGAUUUGGCAAGAGGACGUGAGGUCCAAAGUGCCAUCCAUAGACGGUUCAUCUUUCUGGGACGACUUUCUCAACAAGACACGACCUCGCUACGAAGCCAUCGUGGAGGACUCACACGGCUGGGUAGGCCGCCUGCAAACGGCGCGCGAGAUCCGGGGAUGGUACGAGGAGGCUAUCUCGGACGCUAUGGGGCAGUACUCGACACACCCGACCAAGCCACUCACAGAGCUGGAGGUGUUCGUCGGCAAUGUUCUCAACCGGUCGGGCGUGCAGACGCACCGGCAGCGCGACAGCAGCAUCAAGCUGAAGGACGAGAUGGGCCGCAUCACCACUUUCAUCACGGGUCAGAUGCGCAAGGUCAGCCACGGCUCUGAAGCCGUGCCCCUGACUGGUUACCAGACGGAAUUCGACAACCUGCACCUGUGCCUCGCGUGCGUGCAUGCCGGCUGCGAGGACAACGCUGGCCCGCGAGAGAGCAGGUAUGAGGGCAUGGAGAGCUUCAGGGUCGUCGCGGCCUGUUCCCUGCUUCUAGAGAUCAGCUUCUAUGAGAUGGGUCAGCGUGGUGGCGGUGGCAUCGUUGGUCUUAGUGGCGGCCGGCAUGGUCCUGCUACUACGAUGAACGGCAGGGGCAGGUAUGCCAUGGUCCCUCCACCGGCAGAUACUCUCCCGAUCUGA